AUGCAUACGAUGGGCCGCCAAGAGUUACGUACCCAGGUCAUUUCCACUCGGUCGGAACCGGCCGGUUCCUCAUGUUUCUUUGCCGCCGGAAUCCGGCCGGUUCCUCAUGUUUCUUUGCCGCCGGAAUCCGGCCGGUUUUCUACAGAACGAGCUGGACCCGGUCACCAUCAGGAACCAGCUGAAUCCGGUGACCGUCAAAAACCACUUGAAUCCGGUGACAAUCGACAAUCAGCUGGAUCCGGUGACCAUNUCGGAAAAUAUAUCGAUUCAGUUUACAACGCAAGACAAACCAUUCGACCAGCGUUGAUUUUCACAGCUGGAGUACAAAUUUCGGCUAUUUCGUUUGUGAUUUUACUUUCGACUUUCAUUCCAAGGAAGUCUUGGAAAUUAAAUCCCCGUUUAGAAGAAUAA